CUACAGUGUUAUGCCGUUGAAAGGUUGUCAACAGGUGGCCGGGUGCCUCCACUCGUUUGCUGGCUCGCGAUACAUCGCUGGCACAUUCUUGAUGAAAAGAAAUCACGACUUUUUGGAGCAAAAGCUGCACACCUGAAGAUAUGUCACGACGCACAAGUGUGCUUUGGAAUCACUGCCUAAACAAAAGUAUCCGAAAAAUGAAAGAAUGAAAUGGUGCUGAAAAUAUGUACGUGUAAUCACACGACAUCAGUUUCAGGUAGAACAGGAAACAGGAGGAGAUUCGGACACGCACGCAUCACUCAUCUCACAACAAUUUGACAACGCAAAUCAGUGCAACGCCGCCACAGGCUGAGGAAGAAGCGAGUCAACGUGGGAAUCAUACAGACAUCCCAGUGGACCGAGAUGUCGAGCGUUACGUCAACACCCAAGUUGGAAGAGGACAUCAUCCGACAGGCAGAGCAACCGCAACUCAGGGUUGCACAUGUCAAGCGGCUUUCAGUGCCGGAGGUCACGGUGAUUGGGCGCCAUCACCCGCACGACUUGAGCAUCACCAAAAUGAGGUCGGCCCAAAUUAAGACAAAAAGAAGAAGCUCAUUUUACAGCUGGCUGUCUCAAGUGGUGAAACAUGUGGUGUUGUGCGUCGUCAACUUCAGUUUUCGGCCCUCGGAAUCCGAUAACCAGCUAGACAACGAAGUCUUGGCUGAGGUUCAUCACGCCGGCUGUGCUGAUUCAAAUCAUCCACAACUCUCCAAUCUGAUUCUCCCCGAUCCAUUUUCAAGUCCGCUGCCUGAAAUUUCUGCCAUGACCGCCGAUUUCCUCACCGGGCCUCCUCCCAAGACCAUCACACACGCGGUCAACUUGGAGUUGCACCCAUCUGAGCAACAGCAGCUGGCUGCCUACACCUACACCGUCCCGGCCUUUCCUCACAUCUGCUACUCGGACCGAAGCGGAUGGCCGGGAAGCAAGAACCAAUCCCGCUUGCCUCGCUCUUUCAGCUGCACUUGGCCCGGACAAACGGAAAAGAGCCCUGGCGUGACGGCAUCUGCCAGCUCAUUGGACCUGUUCGUCAAAAACUUUGAGCACUGCACGCCGGACAUCACUUUGGGGGGGCCCAAGGAAACGUACCACAUACAUUGUUUCCGGGCCGGCAGCUACCAGUGCACUGCCACGGGCCUGGUCUUCGUCGUGGACGGACAAGGGGAUGUGCGUUAUAGCGUGGUCUCCUGGGACAUGGACCUCCUGGCCUUCCACUGCAAGAAGCCCGCAGGCCCGCUCUUUGACAUCGAGUGCGAGGGUCUGACAGUGCGGCAAAUUCACUUUCCGCACUGCGAGAUCCUGUCGGCGGGCGAGGUGGGCCACCCCUUGUGGGUGGCCCAUAUGAGGCACGAGGGCCUGGAGCUGAUCAGCCCCGAGGAGACCACCCCGACCCACGUCGUCGCCAACAUCUCGAGCUGCUCCGCUUUCGGGCUCAUGAGAAAUGACGACACGCCUCUCGUGCCCAUCCGAGCUCUGGUGACCUUCUUCCUAGAUCCUGGGGUGCCGUCCCUCCACGUGUUUUUACUCCCGGAGAAUGUGGUGCUGGAUCAAAUGCGACGCCAGAGGGCGAGAAAUAACGGCAACGAGAGGUUCAUCGAGACCAUCUCUGACUGCGAGCUGGUCCCGCAGCGGCAGUACACCCUGGCCAGCAGGACGGAAUUAGACUUGAUCUUCAUUCAACCGGGCAGGGCGACGUUUUACCCAGUGUCUCACAACUACAAUCCUGCGUUCCAAAUAUUUGGAUUUGGCAACUUGAGGUCAAUCCACCUGACACUGAGGGAACAUAAUGGCAUGGACUCCGUCUGGGGUGCCUUGGUUCCUUUGGUGCCAGAGGCACAGAGACGGUGUGGAUCCCUUGUUGGAGAUCUAAGAAACGUUUGGUCCGAGUUCAUCCGGCGGGUAUCGAUGGCCAUGUUGGAGACGCUGGUGAGUCGCCUGUUCCAAGCCAAUGUUCUCAGCGAGUCUGAAGAAGGAGCGCUGAACAGCGAAACGAUAAGAAUCCGCAAGGCGCGUCUCCUCCUCGUCACAAUCACGAAUAAAGGUGAACCCGCUUGCGAGAUGAUGGUUAUGUUUUUUCGUGAGGAAGACCCCUACAAUGCUGAUAAUCUCGGUUUGGCAUGAACAUCGAUGUCGCAAGAGGCCACCCUGAAUGCAACCUGGGUCCCCAGGAGACAGACGGACAGAAGAUUAGUAAAGAGACCAAGGGUGGGCAUAUUCAGUCUUCAAGGCCCCCGAUCCAGCAUGUUAUAAUUUCACACGCACUUAUUUUCAGUUUCAUUUCUCUAAAUUGUUACUUGAGAGUGUUUUCACAACAUACUAUACCAAGCAAAUCGUGAUCAUUUUAUGAACAGGUACGACAUGCAUUUUAUCAACCAUCACGUCUUCAACUGUGUUUUCUGUAGCAGCGUCAUAUCAGUUCAUCUAUAAAUGUGUUUGAUCAACAACCAAUCUGCCAGAAGAAUGUGACAGGUGCAAUCAACAUUGCUGAUCACAGAAGUAUUUUCUUUGGACCUACAUGUUAUGAAUCUGUUGUACUUUUUGACCCUGUAUCUACAAAAGUUAAACAUU